UGUUGUUCAUGUACUUUACAAGUAUAUCUACUGCCCAGACUACUGACUGUCUUCACCUGAGGGAGCAGUGUAUAAAUGCUGCAAAUGGAUGUGAGAGUGUCUGGAAUGUUGUUGAAGAUGUCUGCAAUAUUUCAGGUAAUAGAUGCAAGGCAGAAGAUGCUAGUGGAUGUAAUAGAAUCAUCCAGGUCCUGGCUGACAAAUACCCAGAAUUUAAAAACUGUGUCUGCACUUCAGAUGAUUUCUGUAGCAUCACAAAUUUGCUUGGGAAACAGUGCAGCAUUGAUAAAGAAUAUUUGGAAACUUCCUCAAGAUCAGAUACUGAACUGAGUUUUAGGCAACACAGAAACCCCACAGACCAAGGGCACCCAGAAGAAUUAGAGAAUGACUGCAGCACUGCAAAACAACGCUGUCGAGAGGACCCUUACUGCUUUUUAGUGUAUAAGAGUUUCCAGCGAGCAUGCCAGGCAGACACAGCAAAAUGCAUGCUCCCAGUGGUCAACCAGGCGUGUUUGUCAGUAUGGAAAGAGCUGAGGAAAACAGUGCUGGGAGAGUGCAAGUGCUCAGAACCACUUCAGAUGAGAUGUGUUAAAGUAUGGAAGGAAAUAUUUAACAAUCCUUGUUUACAAUACUCUCAAGAGAGCCAAGCUUCAGCAGCUAGUGAAAAUGAUGAUGAUGAUGCUGACAAUGAUGAUGAUGAUGGUAAUGAUGAUGCUGACAACGAUGAUGAUGAUGAUGAUGUUGAUGAUGAGAAAAAUCAGGACACUUACACAGACAAUAUUAAUACAGAAACAAAAUUGCAAUGGAGUUUAUCUGCUCUCUCUAAAAAAGCAUACACAGCAAACAGCACCUGCUUGGAUGUGAACAAAGAGUGCGUUGAAGAUGAAGUAUGUAAUAAACAGUUGUCCCUGUAUCUUAAGGCUUGCUCAGUAAAUAAGAAGUGCAACAUGGAAGAAUGUCAAGCAGCCCUAAGGUUCUUCUAUCAAAACAUGCCUUUUGAAGUUGCCCAAAUGAUGACGUUUUGUGACUGUACCCAGCCUGAUGAAUCCUGCCACAGAGCCAAAGAACUUCUCCAUGGCAAGCCCUGUGCAGUUACUGCAGUUCCACCCCCAUCAUGUCUGAACAUAAUCCACAUGUGUGAAGAGAAUGACUUUUGCAGGAAAAAAUACACAGCUUUUCAGUCAAAAUGUUGGAGACAUGUGACAAAAAAAUGCUACAGUGAUGAAGCUUGCCUUGAAACUUUAAUCAAAGAUGAUAUGCCAUGUUCUGCAAACGCUGAUUGCAAAGCAGCUUAUAUUAGCAAUUGGGGCACAAUGCUGCGUGUCAAGUGUACCUGCCAGAAUUUACCCGCCACAGAGCACGCGUUGUGUAAGCUCUUCCAUCACAUGCUUCACAGUAAAUCCUGCUUCAGUGACUUACGUGAGUAA